AUGGCCAAAUUAAAGAAGUUCAGAGGUGUCAGACAGCGCCAUUGGGGCUCUUGGGUUUCUGAAAUUCGACACCCAUUACUGAAGAGGAGGAUAUGGCUGGGAACCUUCGAGACCGCAGAGGAAGCGGCGAGAGCGUACGAUGAGGCCGCGGUCUUGAUGAGUGGUCGAAACGCCAAAACCAACUUUCCCACGGCCCAAGCUCCCGAUGGAGACACCCACAUUGUCCCAACCAAGGAUGAUGCGCCCAAGGGCUUGUCCCAAAUGCUGCAGGCCAAGCUCAAGAAAUGGCGCUGCCGUGCCCCAUCCCCGUCGAUGACUUGCUUGAGGCUCGACACUGAGAACUCGAACAUCGGCGUGUGGCACAAGUGUGCCGGGCAGCAGUCGGCUUCAAACUGGGUCAUGACUGUCGAGCUUGGAAAUAGCAACAACAAGAACCAUGUUGUCCAUGGCAAUGCAGAUUCUCCGACCGGGGCUGUGGUGGCUUGCGAUCAGUCUCGAGCCACUGCAGUGGCAGCGUCGUCGGAGAUUCGAUCAGAGUUGGAUGAAGAAGAGAGAAUGGUGGCGUUGCAAAUGGUGGAGGAACUGCUUCACAUCAAUUGUGAUGAUUUUCUCGACCAACCGUUUGAGAUUGAACAAGGAAACCAAAAUUACGUUUAAUUAAUUAGUUUUAAUUUGUAUUCAAAAUUCUGUAAUAAUUAACUUCCUGUUGUACACCAAGGUGUAGUCUUUAAGUACAUGAAAUUAAGAAUCAAAAUCUGUAUAAGGUACAAUAUCUGUUGGAACUCACAGUGAUUCUGUGCCUCACCUCCACGUAUAUAUAUAUAUAUA